CAAAACCUAAGCUUCCGCCAACGAGGCUGCGCUAUAAGAGUGCGCCCUAGGGUUUCCGCGGCGCCGCCACCUCCUUCCGAGUCUCAGCUCCGCAUCCUCCGCGCGCCGCCGCCUCGCCGCUCGACGCCCACCGCGCAGCCAUGGCGGAGCAGACUGAGAAGGCUUUCCUCAAACAGCCAAAGGUUUUCCUCAGCACGAAGAAAUCUGGCAAGGGUAAGAAGCCAGGCAAGGGAGGCAACCGAUUCUGGAAGAGCAUUGGUCUUGGCUUUAAGACCCCCAGAGAGGCAAUUGAUGGGACUUACAUUGACAAGAAGUGCCCAUUCACUGGAACAGUUUCUAUCAGAGGCAGAAUUAUUGCUGGAACAUGCCACAGUGCUAAGAUGAACAGAACCAUCAUUGUUCGCAGGAACUACCUCCACUUCGUUAAGAAAUAUCAGAGGUAUGAGAAGAGGCAUUCCAACAUUCCAGCUCACAUCUCCCCAUGCUUCCGUGUCAAGGAAGGUGACCAUGUCAUCAUCGGCCAGUGCAGGCCCCUGUCAAAGACUGUGAGGUUCAACGUCCUGAAAGUCAUUCCAGCUGGAACCACCGGCGCCAGCGGUGGGAAGAAGGCCUUCACUGCAGCCUGAGCUUAGACUCCGGUCCAUGAUUAGUCUAUAGAAUGGAGGUUUUUUUGCUUAAAAGUCCUGCUAGGCUUCUGUUUCGACCUAUGAUUUGGAGAUUGUUUCCCAUCAAAAUGAAGUCUCGUCGUCUGAACUUGUUUUAAGGAAUUUACUUAUGCAGAGUUUUGUUGCUGA